UUACUACCAUAUAUCAUGCGCUUCGACCCUUUGAGACCGAGAAGGAGCAGCCUCCUGCUAUAAUCAUUGCCAACUUCACUCCUCUACUCAAGACUCAUCCCCACACAAAACAGAUUUCGUUUUAUUUUUAUUUUCUUUUUCUUUUUCUCGGUUUUUACAAGGUUUUACUUUUACCCCUGAGAAUCAAACAUGGUUGGAGUUGCUACCUUAUGGAUAGAGCUCUCUCAAGCCAAGAGGAAAAAGAGGCCAAUGUACGAUAUCAGCCACAGCUCAAGCAUUAUGCAUUUCUAAAGCAGUCCACAAGAAGGUCAAGAAAGAAGAACCCAUUUUUUCUACUCAAGUAUUGGGCUUCAAAAUCACUGAGUAAUUUGCAUGUUAGACCUAAAAUGUCCAGCUCAUUCCGCAGUGAACGUUUUCAUUUUAAUGGGAUGGUAGUCAACAACUCUGUUUAUUGUGCUUCACCUUGCUCAUCUGAGGGCAAGAUGGAUUCUUCACCGGAGAAGAGGGAGGAAAUGGGAAAUGGAAAUUAUGGGUUUUGUGACAAUGACCGUAUAGCUGUGGAGGAGUCUGGGGAAAGUAGUUCAAGUUCAUGUUUUCUGGCGUCAGAAGUAACUCUGAACGAUGAAGAACAUAGUACUGAGGAUUCCUCUUCGCCGCCUUCAAUGAUUUGGCCUAUUCAGAAGGAUGAACCACCGCAUUAUGCCAGUUCUCAUGUUUCUGAAGAUGCGCACAAACCCCAUUCUGACACCAGGAAGUUAGAGAAACAAGGGUCAUCACUAUCAGAGACUGAAAUGAUGAAAGAAAGAUUUGCCAAAUUGCUGCUCGGGGAGGAUAUGUCUGGAUGUGGAAAUGGGGUUUCUACUUCUCUAGCUAUAUCCAAUGCUAUUACCAAUCUCUGUGCUACAAUUUUUGGGCAAAUUUGGAGAUUAGAACCUCUUCCUCUUGAGAAGAGAUUAAUGUGGCGAAGAGAAAUGGAAUGGCUUCUUUCUGUUAGUGAUCACAUUGUAGAGUUGAUACCAUCUUUGCAGACAUUUCCAGAUGGAAGCACUCUUGAGGUUAUGACCUCCAGGCCGCGGUCUGAUCUAUAUGUUAACCUCCCUGCUCUACGUAAAUUAGAUAAUAUGCUUCUCGAAAUAUUAGAUAGCUUCAAGAACACAGACUUCUGGUACGUUGACCAGGGGAUCAUGUCUCUAGAAGAAAACGGAUCAUCCUCAUUCCGGAAUCCCCUCCCCCGUCAGGAGGAGAAAUGGUGGCUGCCAGUGCCUAGAGUCCCCAUAGGUGGCCUCAGUGGGAAUGCAAGAAAACUGUUGCAGCACAGACGUGAUUGUACAAACCAAAUCCUCAAAGCUGCGAUGGCAAUCAACAGCAUUACUUUGGCUGAUAUGGAAGUUCCCGAGUCAUAUUUGGAAGCUCUUCCAAAGAAUGCCAAAGCCAGUUUGGGUGACCUUAUUUAUCGAUACAUCAAUUCAGAUCAAUUUUCUCCCGAGUGUUUGCUCGACUGCCUUGACUUGUCAUCAGAGCAUCAAGCUCUCGAGAUUGCUAACAGAGUGGAGGCGUCAAUUUAUGCCUGGCGUCGUCGAAGUAGCUCAAAACAUUUAAAUAGCACAAAUAAAUCCAAUCCAAAGUCAUCAUGGGAAAUUGUCAAGGAUCUGGUCAUUGAUGCAGACAAGAGAGAGCUGCUUUCAGAGAGAGCCGAAAGCCUGCUGCUUUGCUUGAGACAACGGUUUCCUGGUCUCUCUCAGACGACCUUAGACAUGAGUAAAAUUCAGUAUAACAAGGAUGUCGGCAAGGCCAUAUUGGAGAGCUACUCACGGGUAUUGGAGAGUUUGGCAUUCAACAUUGUGGCCCGCAUUGACGACCUAGUUUAUGUGGAUGACUUGACCAAGCAUUCGGAUCAACCUUUUUCUAUGUCGAAGGUCGGUAUGAUUGCUCAUAGGGGUGUUGUUAUCGUGCCUCCCUCAAAUACUCCAUACAAAACAGCUUUUACGACACCAAGCUUCUCACCUGCGCUGCGCCCUAGUCCUGCAACUGUCGAAAGAUCACCAAUUCUUGAAAACAAGCUUCCCCAUCGAGGGUUCGGUGUGAAAAAGGUUUUGACAGAUUAUUUGAGUAUCGAUGCGAAAGGGAAGGACUUGAACAAACAAAAUAUAAGAUCAGAUUCAUCUUCAAGUACAUACCAAGAGUCAUCGGCAUCUCAAUCGUUGGACUGUUCUGAUUUUCCCAGCGAGGUUAAGAGCCCCCUAACACACGAUUCCCCUCGCGAAGAAUGAACAAGAGACUCAGCUUUGAACAAAUUCCUCCAUACUGUUUUUGACUGAUAAGUAGUGUGUGUUUCAUCCUUGUAUCAAUACAUAUGUCCGAAUGGCAUUAGUUGCUUGUAAGUUCCCAUACAACUUCCCAAGGUGAGGCAUUCUCUGGUCGAACUGGCUCGACCAUCCCUCGAAUUUGGAAGGAUUAGCAUUUGUAUAGACAAUUGCCGAAUUUUUCAUGGUAUUGGCUCC